AUGCUGGCAUGGAUUGCUGUGCAUGUACCCUGCCAUGCCAAAGGGAAUGCCUGGACUAGCAGGACUGCACCAUCUCUUUUUCGACGCAUGUGUUCUGAUCCAAAAGAGCUUGAUUGGACAGCGGAACAUCCUCCUUCGUCAUGGCACAAUCAUUUCAAGAAGCAUUUUGACCAACUAAAUCCUAGGGUUGACAAGCUGGUGAUGCUAAUGGGAGAGGAGACAGCCCCAAUCGUCACUGCAGAGGAAAUGGUAUUAAAGAGGAAAUACCAAAAAGAAAAGCAACCACAGUCUCGUCGGCUUUCUCCCCCCAAUAAGCAGAGAAAGCUAAACCAUGGUCAGGCAGGCUCUUCUAAAGGAAAGCACGCAUUAUAUGGGGGAGAGGGUCGCUCUGGCCCAAGUCUUUAUGGUCCUUUAGGUGAAGAUGAUAACAACGAGAGUGAUGGUGGGGAUAACAGCGAUGAGUAUUUCUCACCAAGUGGUGAUGAUUCCGAUGGAUCGUCAAUUCCUGAGGAUGAGCCUGAACAAGGCAGUCCGCAACGAAACCAUCCUAUGGAUCUUAACCAGAGGUUGAUGGCCACGAUAAGUUGCCCACGGGUUCAUCCACUGAGAGUGCUUCCUUCUGAUUCCGAAGGUGAAGCAGAAGGGAUUGAUGAGGACCUGGGAUAUAUUACUAGUGGGAGUGAAGAGAUAUAA